AUGGCGACUCCGACUGGGAUACCCACUGAUCCGCCUCUGACGUCCAAAGGUGUAGACCAGAGUAAGGAGUUGGCCGAGUACCUGAGCAAGAUCGAACCCCCGGUUGAGAGAAUUUAUUCAAGCCCUUUCUAUCGGUGUUUGCAGACUCUUAAGCCAUUCAGUGAUAAGCUGUAUGAAGAAAGGAAGGCAAAGGGAAGGAUAAGGAUCGAUCGGGGGAUUGGAGAGUUCUUUGGACGCGCACACUUUGAGCAUCCCACUCCACCCCAUCUCGAACUUCUGACCCCUCAUUUUCAGAACCUAGACGACGAGUAUGCGUCUGUACAUGUGCCGAGAUCCAACGGCGAGAUGAUCGUUGAGCUCCACGAGCGUGUGAGGCACGCACUAGAUCACAUCGUCACUACUCUGGACAAUGACCCUGAGCAGCCGAAGACCGUCUUGCUAUGCACCCACGCCGCGACUAUGAUAGCAGCCGGCCGAGUGCUCACUGGACAGAUGCCGGAGAACCCCGAUGAAGACGACUUUCAGUGCUUCACAGCCGGGCUAUCCAAGUAUGUAAGGAGAUCAGCCGAUCCUAAGAAAGGCGUCGCUGGAAACUGGGACUGCGAACUGAACUCCGAGACGUCUUAUCUCUCGGGCGGAGCUGAGAGAGGCUGGUUCUUCCCGUACCACAGGAAAGACUGGCCAAAGUCAGUACCUACAACAUAUGGUUGGGGUAUCGAAUCGACCCUUCUUAACGUUUUCCUUACCAUAUCCUCCCCUUGA